UCAAUAAAGAAAACAAAAGAGUGUUAUUCAUUUUUCCUUUAUUUUGAGUAAAUUUUUUUAUAAAAAAAUUAGUCGUCGCCGUCGUCUCCUCUCUCGCCAGAUCGCCUCCUCCUCCUUCUUUCCUCAUCGCAGAUCCACCCCGUCGAACUCAAAUCGGUUUAACUUCUAGAUCCAUCAUCAUGGACCAUCUCCCCGUCGAAGUCAUCGGAAACAUCCUCUCCCGCCUCCGCGGCGCCCGCGACGUCGUCAUCGCCUCCGCGACCUGCCGAAAAUGGCGCGAAGCCUACCGCAAACACCUCCUCGCGCUCUCCUUCAACACCGCCGACUCCCCCUUCUACCGCGACAUCUCCACCAACCGCCUCGAGAUCCUCAUCACCCAAACCAUCUUCCAGACCACCGGACUCCAGGGCCUCUCCGUCACCAUGGACGACGCCAACAAAUUCUCCGCCGCCACCGUCAUCGCGUGGCUCAUGUACACCAGAGACACCCUGCGCCGCCUCUCCUACAACGUCCGCACGACUCCCAACGUCAACGUCCUCGACAUCUGCGGGAGGCAGAAGCUGGAAGCCCUUGUGCUGGCUCAUAACUCGAUAACCGGCGUCGAACCGAGUUUCCAGAGGUUCCCUUGUUUGAAAUCCCUCUCGUUGAGUUAUGUUAGUAUCUCGGCGCUAGAUUUGAAUCUUAUGCUUGGAGCGUGUCCCGUCAUCGAGUCUCUGGAGCUUGUUAGUCUCGAGAUCGCGAUGUCUGAUGCUCAAGUGACGAUCGAGCUGAGCAGUCCCACGCUGAAGAGUGUUUACUUCGAUGGGAUUAGUUUGGAUAAGUUUAUCUUGGAGGCGGAUUGUAUCGAGUUCUUGCAUAUGAAAGACUGUGUUCUUGAGGUCUUUGAGCUUAUCGGGAACGGGACGUUGAAGCAUUUCAAGCUUGACGAUGUGAGUGUGAUCCAUCUCGAUAUCGUGGAGACAAGCGAUAGCCUUGAGGUUGUUGAUGUGAACCAUUUCACGAUGGUGUGGCCGAAGUUCUAUCAGAUGAUCUCGAGGUCGCAGAACUUGAGGAAGCUUCGUCUUUGGGAUGUGGUGUUUGACGAUGAUGAUGAGAUCAUCGAUCUUGAGUCCAUUGCCGCUGGCUUCGCGCAGCUGACGCAUCUUUCGUUGAGCUACGACUUGAAAGAUGGAGCUGCUCAUUAUAGUUUGCAAGGGAACACUCUGUUGGAGAAUGUGACUAUGUUGGAGCUCGGGUGGACUGUGAUCAACGAUGUUUUCUCGAUCUGGGUCGAGGAGUUGCUGAGGAGGUGUCCGAAUCUGAGGAAGCUGAUUAUUUAUGGGGUUGUCUCGGAGACGAAAACGCAGGGCGAUUGUCAAAUUCUGGCGACGUUCACGUGGUCUAUUGUUCAACUCAUGAGGAAAUACAUUCACGUCGAGGUACAAUUCGAGUAUGAGUAACUGGUUCUUGUUCUCGACGCUGUUGAAUACAACAAGUUGAAGUUAUGUAAAGAUUUGAGUUUCGAAAUUUCCUUUUAAGUCAGUUCUCAGUUCCUUAAUGUUUCGCAAUGUUUGCUUGGCAGACCGGAAUUCAACCGGACUGAUAAAUGCAUUCUGUUUUACAAGAA